AUUUGGCCGGAGAAAAAACUUUAACUACCACGUUUAUCAAAACAAAGAAAAAAGUCUCUCUCUCCUUUCCGUUCAUCUCAUUCUCCAUUAUUGCUUCAAAGACCAAGAAGCUCCUCUUCCCUCUUGACUCUGCAAAAAACCCAGAACAAGAAGCAGAGAAAAGCGUCCUCUGCAGAUCUUGGGAAGUGCGUUUCAGUUCUUCGGAGCAUUCUUGGUGACCCAUCAAAGUUUUAGAUGUUCUUGGCUUGUUUGGUCUGUGAAGAAAGAAAGAACCAGAAAUGUCCAUUGACUUGGCAGGAACUGCUGUGGAUACGGCAUUCGGCGAGCUGUUCUCUCUCGUUAAGGAGAUAGUGAUAACCAUCGCAGCGUUUGCUCCCCAGCUCAAGCAGAUCCAAUCCACCUUGAUUAAGAUAGACCCAAUCAUCCAGCAAUGGGAUGAGUACAACAGUCGGCUGGACUGUAGUCCAAAAGAGAUAGCUCCGGUCAAGGAACUCUUCAUCAGAGGCAAACUACUGGUCGAGAAAUGCUCAAGGAUACACCGAUUCAACUUUUGCAAGAAGUAUUCGCACUCGAACAAACUGACCGACUUCGAUGCAGAAGUACAAAGGGAGUUUCAAAUUUACCUGCCGCUGGUGACUGUGAUUUCUAGCAAGGCGACAUCGCUAAACGUGAAAGAGACCGGGAAGGACGUGAGGGAGAUGAUGGGAGACGUGAAGGAGACCGGGGGAGAAGUGAAGGAGAUCAAGGGAGACCUGAAGGAGACGGGGGGAGACGUGAAGGAGAUAAAGGGAGAGGUGAAGGAGACCGGAGUAGACGUGAGGGAGAUGAAGGGAGACUUGAAGGAGCUCAAGCAUUUGAUAAUUUCCUUGCAAGUGAACGGGGCACCACAUAGUGUGCUUGAGCUUUUGGGCGACCUUGCGGUCCCUAAGGCACCCGAUUGCAUUGUCGGGUCGGCGGUGGAGGCAUCCUUGAGGGAGCUCAAGGGGUGGUUGCUAGAGGAGGGAAUGUCUGUGAUGGUCGUGACCGCCCCGGGCGGGUGUGGGAAGAGUACUCUGCUUACGAAAUUGUGUCAUGAUGCGGCAAUCAAAGGAAAAUUCAAGAACAAGAUCAUGUUCGUCCGUGUCUCGAAGAAGCCCAACGUGAUAGACAUUGUCCGGAAGAUGAUCCGGCAUAACGGUUUCGAGGUACCUGCGAUUGAAACAGAAGACCAUGCAGUUCAGUGCUUGCAGCAACUGCUCAUCAGAAUAGGACAGGAUCCUGUGUUGCUGGUGUUGGACGAUGUCUGGGCCGACUCGCAAUCCAUAAUCGAGAAAUUUGUCUUCAAGGAGAUCAAACAUUACAAGAUUGUGGUGACAUCAAGAUAUGAAUUUCCUAAUGUUGGUCUUGUGCAUCACCUGAACCCGCUGCCUCCUGGGGAAGCCCUGGAACUUUUUCGUCAAUCUGUCACUGUUGAUGGUAGAUGCUUGGUUGAACCAGGUGAUGAGCUGUGGGAUAAGAUAGUGAAUCGCUGUAAGGGGUUGCCAUUGGCUCUUACAGUCAUCGCCAAGUCUCUCCGAGGAAUGGAUCGUGCGUUCUGGGAAACAAAGCUUCUUGAUUGGUCCUCUUCGGGUUUGGACAAUGACAUUCUAGAUUGCCUCAAAAAGAGCUUGGAUGACUUGGAUGGUGACCCUUCGAUGAAGGAACGUUUCAUGGACCUCGCCUCAUUUCCAGAGGAUCGCAAGAUCCCCGCCACCGCCCUCAUUGAUAUGUGGGUGGAAUUGUACAAGCUAGAUUUCGAUGGUGUGCGUGCCAUUGCGGACCUCAAUAAACUCGUUUACAGGAACCUAGCUGAUCUCAUAGUCACCAGGACAGAUUCAAGUGAGGACGAGGACAAAUGUUACAGCAGCCACUAUGCUAUGCAGCAUGAUCUGCUCAGAGAGCUGGCUAUCAUGGAGUGUGACCGAGGGGAAGUGGAGGAGAGAGAGAGACUUAUUCUGGACUUAACCGAAGAUAAUUCUUCCGAUUGGUGGAGCGAGCAAAAGCAACCGACUCUUCGCGCUCGUCUAGUGUCCAUCCACACAGAUGGAACAUUCUCAAUACCCUGGCCAAAUCUGCAAUUGCCUGAAGCUGCGGCUCUUGUCUUGAACUUCGAGACCAACAUGCAAACCAAAACUUAUGCUUUGCCGGAAUUCAUUGAGAAAGCAGAUAAGCUCAAGGCCCUGAUAGUAACAAACUACAGCUUCUUUCCAGCUGAGCUGCGCAAUUUCCAUGUCCUUGGGUCCAGUUUAACGAGGAUCAGGCUCGAACGCAUCAUGGUUCCUCUCCUGAGCAUGGGAAAGCUACGACUGCACAAUCUGCAAAAGAUAUCCUUUUUCAUGUGUGACAUCAGUCAGGCUUCGACGUCGGACGACGCCAAAAUCUCCGAUGCAAUCCCAAACUUGGUGGAGCUUGACUUCGACUAUUGCGACGAUCUUAAGACAUUACCUGAUGGCAUCUGUGAGAUAAAGCCUCUGAAGAAGCUUAGCAUCACAAACUGCCAUAACUUGUCUGCACUCCCUGAACAGAUUGGGGAAUCAGCGUCCCUCGAAGUUGUCAGGCUUAACUCCUGCACAAGCUUGUUGCGGUUACCGGACUCGAUCGGAACCCUAAAAAAAUUGAUCUCUCUCAAUAUAUCGGAUUGCCUGAGCCUGAGCACUUUGCCCAAUCAAAUUGGUAAUCUGGUCAAUCUCAAGAGGAUGAACAUGAGAGGAUGUCUGAGGUUGUCUGUACUGCCACGGUCGAUCGUGAAGCUGAGGAACCUGAGGAAGGUGGUUUGUGACAAAGAAAAAGAAGUCAUGUGGGAGCCUCUCAAGAGCAGUCUCAAUGGCUUGAAUAUAAUAGCGUCCGAAGAAGAGGCUAACUUAGAUUGGCUAGACGAUUGAAAA